ACCGAAGGAUGGGAAAUGGACUACGUAUAAGAAGAACCUCAUUGAGCUUUACAAAUUAGAAAAUAAGAAGUACUCCAUCAAGGACCUUGAGACUAUGACUCAGGAUGAGGACGAGAGCGUACGGGCGUUCGAGAAACGUUUUCAGAAGAUCUCUGACGUACAGAUGAAGAAGGGGAAGAUCUCAGAAGUCGAGCGCUGUACAAUCUUCAUUGGACACAUGUCCAAAGGUAGACAAAAGAGCAUACUUAGAGAUCUCCCACGCGACAAGCUUGACUUCCCUGAAGUCCUAAAGCUCGCGAUAAAGGCAGAGGCAGACGACUACAAGGACUUGGUCUGGAGGGGAAUGAGGGGACGUGACUUCCCCCUCUAUAAGGAGUAUGUCACUGAUGAAUGUCCUGAUUUCAAUGACUAUCCCUGGUCAGAAAAGAAUGAAGCAGUGGCCGAGGAAGUGAAGGAGAUAAGGGACAUGGUACCACUUCGCUGGGACCGUAGGAACACCGAUUCCUGGAGGAGUGUCGAGGAUAGGAAUCCCCGAACGCUAACUGAUUAUCGUGCGAGGGAAAGGGAGAGAGAUGAUGAGUCAUGGCGACAAAGGGAUGAUGAGAUAGACCGGGACCGCAGGACUCGCGAGACAUAUGGACGAGCUAGAAGACAAGAUGAUUACUCGCGUAGCCCUCGUUGUGAGGCUGAUGGGGGUAGAGGCGACUCUCGCGGCCGGUGGGAGUCAGAUCAGGGCCGGCGAGACGGAUACAGGGAUGGCAGAUAUGAGAGAUCGGACCGAGAUGGAUAUAGGGACGACAGAUAUGAAAGGUCGGAUCGAGAUGGAUACAGGGGUGGCAGAUAUGAGAGGAGAGAUCGAGACGGAGACCGACGAGAUAGCUCGCGCGGAAGAUAUGACCGCGGGGGAUUCUCGAGAGAACAGCGCGACGAUUCGCGGGGGUGGUACGACCGAGGAGAUCGACGCGAUGAGUCACGCGGACGAUACGACCUUGGAGACCGCCGGAAUGACUCACGGGGGCGAAAUGAGCAAGGAGGGUCUGGAGGAGAUCGCCGAAAUGAUUCACGCGAACGGAAUGAGAGAGGGGGAUAUGGCGCGUCAUCUGAUCCGUAUCCGAAGUCCCCUGACCCUAGAGCGGCCAGGGGUUCGAUCUCUAGGAGCGCAGACGACAGGCCAUCCACUUCUAGGAACUCUUGCGUCUACUUUAGAGGGGAUGAUCAUAUCAAGAGAGACUGUCCGGAUCUUAAAUGGGAAAUAGAUGAGGGACUUGUCGUGCUUGAUGAUCGCAAGUAUGUCAAGUGGGCAGAUGAUCUAGGAAACGUAUCAAUGUUCCCUUCGAUGAAGGAGAAUGUUGAAGCAAGGAGAGUAAAGUCGAGUAAAGGAAAGGAGCCGGUUAGGAGUCACAGCAUCAAGAUAACUUUCGAAGGAGAUAUGGCAACCACACCCAUAAGGGUGGCAGCUACCAAGUCGGCGAGGGGGUCUACAUCAAGGAAGACCGAUACGGAUUACUGCUCUAUUCUGGAAUAUCUGGCAGCAUCAAAGCUGGCUCGCGACGAGUUACAGCUGAUCACGCGAAAGACUCGCAUACCUCUAUCAGAGGACGCUCAGAUGGCCCCAAAGGCGGAUGCUCCUGUUGUAGCAGUAUCAGAGGUGACAGCUAGAGCAGAUCGCAUGGCGACAGUUCUACUCGAUGGGAUGGAAGGCGUGCCUCCAGACAAGUUUUACAUACUUGGAAGUGGGACCGUGGAGGCGAUCCUAAACGACGGAGCGGUUCUAGAUGCUGUGAUCGAUAACGGUAGUGAGGUUGUCACUAUAGACAAGGAUCUGGCAGAGCGAGUUGGACUGGGACUCGAUAGGUCAUACCUAUUCGAGAUAGAGUCAGCUGAUGGGAGAAAGCAACAGAUCACAGGGGUUUGUCACAAGGCAGCCAUAGAGGUCCAAAGGGUACGAGUGACCCUGCCAGUCUUUGCAGUCAAGAACUGCAGCUCUGACCUGCUCUUGGGACGGACGUGGUUGAGCCAUGUGCAUGCGGUGACGAUAGAGCGACCGGACGGGAGCCAGACACUGUCCAUUAAGAAGCUAGAUUAGACGCGGGUUAUGAUUGAGACGGUGGUGCCUCGAGAUCCGAGGAACAGAGCAGCUCUCGCUGUGGGUGCGGGACCCAGUGA